CCAAAGCUAGAAAAGAAAAAAGAGAAGAGGAUUUGACUUGGUUUUGAUUUAGAGAAAACAGAAGAAUUGGUAAAGAAUGAAGAAGAAAAUUCAAUCCGAUUGAAUCCAAUUUUGACUUUAAGGAAUAGUCAAUCUGCCAAGCUGCGGUGAGUCGGUGUUUAAAUUGUGUCCUGGUAAGUCUUUUUUUAUAGCUAAUUUAAGCUGUGGAUCGACUUCUUUUUAUUAUUUAUUGUGUGAUUUAGGGCUCGAUCAAGUUGUAUUCAGUUUUGUUUCUAUUUUUUUGUUUGAGUGUUUAAUUAAUUACGGCAGCUUCUUUUAUUUAUUUUUUUGUUUUAGAAAUUUGGGAUUUUUUUUUUUUUUUUUGGGGUAUAUUCUGUACUGUUGCUUUUCUGACUAAAGUGAUAAAGGAUGAAGUUGGAUUUCUGUCUUUAAACUGUUGAGAUUUUGUGUGCAUAACAUUCUGAUUUGAUGAUUUUAAGUUAAGGUUGGGUUAAUGGUUAGUAAAAUUGAAUAACUGUUGCAGUGGAUUAUGCGAAAAAGCGGACACAAGACUGUUAGUUGAGUGGAAACAAGACAAGUUUGGAUCUUUGGGGUCAAGUGGAGACUUUUUAAUGUCUACUUCAGAUCCAGAUAGUAUAUUGCUCGGUUAAUUGAUUGAUAUUAUUGGUUUUGCUUGGUUCGUCUUUGUUUGGGGCAAAAUUGAAGUUUCUUGAGCUUAGUGUGGGUUUUGAUGCCAUUUUAGGAAGUUUCUAUAUUUAUUCAAGUGUUUGUAGAGUGUGUGUUUCUUGGUGAAAAAUGGUUCCAACAGGGCCGCCUCCGAAUCCACUUGGAGGUUCCCAAUCUGUACCGUCUUCAUUACUGCGAUCAAAUUCGGGUGUAAUGAGUGGGGGUCAAGGGGGUGCGAUGCCUUCACCAGGGGGUUUUCCUUCUAUGGUUUCACCUCGGACGAUGUUUGGUAACAUGAAUAUGCUAGGGAAUGGAGGUCCCAAUGUUUCACAUCAGUCCUUUGCAAAUGGAGGUCCUAAUGCUGGUUCUCAGCGUGGUCCGGUUGAUAAUGGGGCUGAGACGGACCCGCUUUCUGGUGUAGGAAAUGGGGGGAUGGGUUUUAGUGCUCCUUCAACGUCGUUUAUGUCAUCAGCUAUGGCAACAAAUCCAAAUACCAGUCAAGUUCAAGGACAGCAGUUCCCUAACCCCUCUGCUGGUAACCACAUGUUGACUGACCAACAACGACCCCAACAGCUUGAUUCCCAGAAUUUUCAACGUAAUCAACAGUUGCAGCAGUUUUCUUCCCCUAACAAUUCCCAAACACAGCAACAGCAGCAUCAAUUUCAAUCCAUGCGUGGUGGAUUAGGAGGCGUGGCACCCGUCAAAAUGGAGCCACAGGGGACAAAUGAUCAAACACCACAGCAGUUGCAAGCUCUGCGAAACUUGGCAAAUGUAAAAAUGGAACCGCAACAGAUUCAAAGUAUGAGAGGUCUUGCGCCUGUCAAAGUAGAGCAACAACAAUCAGACCCAUCUUUGUUUCUACAACAGCAACAACAACAGCAGCAACAGCAGCAGCAGUUCCUUCAGAUGUCCAGGCAGUCCCCUCAAGCUGCUGCUGCUGCACAGCUUCUGCAUCAGCAGAGGCUAAUGCAGUUCCAGCAUCAGCAGCAACUCUUGAAGACUAUCCCUCAACAAAGAAACGCACUACAACAACAAUUUCAAUCACAGAAUCUUGCUAUAAGGCCUCCUGGAAAACCAUCAUACGAGCCCGGGAUGUGUGCGCGUCGGCUGACUCAUUAUAUGUAUCAGCAGCAACAUAGACCUGAAGACAAUAACAUUGAGUUUUGGAGAAAAUUUGUUGCUGAGUAUUUCGCUCCCAGUGCCAAGAAAAAGUGGUGUGUCUCUAUGUAUGGAAGUGGUCGUCAGACUACUGGAGUUUUUCCUCAGGAUGUGUGGCACUGCGAAAUAUGCAACCGCAAGCCAGGCCGUGGGUUCGAAGCGACUGCCGAGGUCUUGCCCAGGCUUUUCAAGAUAAAGUAUGAAAGUGGCACUUUGGAAGAACUUCUGUACGUUGAUAUGCCCCGUGAAUAUCAGAAUUCAUCUGGGCAAAUAGUCUUAGAUUAUGCAAAAGCGAUUCAGGAGAGUGUCUUUGAGCAACUUCGUGUUGUCCGUGAUGGUCAGCUUCGCCUAGUGUUCUCACAACCUGAUUUGAAGAUAGUUUCUUGGGAAUUUUGUGCUCGACGUCACGAGGAGCUUAUCCCUAGAAGAUUGUUGAUACCUCAGGUUAGUCAACUUGGUGCUGCAGCUCAAAAGUACCAGGCUGCCACCCAAAAUGCAUCAUCCAGUGCAUCUGUUUCUGAGUUGCAGAAUAAUUGCAAUAUGUUUGUUGCUUCAGCUCGUCAGUUAGCAAAAGCUUUGGAAGUUCCGUUGGUAAAUGAUUUAGGAUAUACAAAGAGAUAUGUGAGAUGCCUUCAGAUAUCGGAAGUGGUUAAUAGCAUGAAAGAUUUGAUCGACUAUAGCAGGGAGACAAGGACCGGACCCAUGGAGAGCUUGGCUAAGUUUCCUCGUAGGAAUGGCUCUUCAGCUGGGGUACAAGGUCCAGUUCAAUCAUCUGACGAUCACUCUCAGCAGUCACAGCAACAGCAGCAGCAGCAACAACAGCAGCAGCAACAGCAACAGCAGCAACAGACGCAGCAAACAGUCAGUAACUCGAACCAUGAAACCACAGCCCAGCCUGGUUUGAUGCAACUAGCUUCGAGCAAUGGUAUGUCAAAUGUAAACAACUCUUUGAACCAAGUGCCUGCUACUUCGUCUAGUGGUGCUAUUGUUGGACUGCUGCACCAAAAUUCCAUGAACUCCAGGCAACAAAAUCCAGUGAAUGGUGGAAGUAGUGCAUACUCAGGCAAUGCUAUCCAAAUGCCUUCACCAAAUUCUUCAAGUACAAUGCCUCAUUGUCAACCCAACCCCUCUCCAUUCCAAUAUCCAACACCGUCAUCAUCCAACAAUCCACCACAAGCUUCACACAGUGGCUUAUCAUCAGCACAACACAUGAACUCUGCAAAUUCCCCAAAAAUCUCAAUGCAGCAACCAGCCCAUUCAAGUGACGUGGAUGCUAAUGACACUCAGAGUUCUGUACAAAAGAUUAUACAUGAAAUGAUGAUGUCUUCACAGCUAGGUGGUGGCGGCAUGGUAGGUAGUGGUGCUAUUGGGAAUGAUAUAAAAAAUGUACAUGGAAUGUUGGCAACAAGUAAUAAUUCCAUUCUCAAUGGAAGCAACUGCCUUGUUAGGAAUGGGACAGCCAGCGCUAAUGGUACAGGUGUUGGUGCUGGAUUUGGGAGUAUGAACAAUGGACUGGGCCAAGCUGCAAUGGCUAAUGGAAUUCGGGCUGCAUUGGGUAAUAAUCCUUCCGCCAUGAAUGGGUUAGUGGGCAUGACAAUGGCGAGAGAGCGAAGUAUGAGUCAACAGCAACAAGAUAUUGGAAACCAACUGCUUAGUGGUCUAGAAGCAGUCAACGGUUUUAACAACCUUCAGUUUGACUGGAAAACAUCUCCUUAAAAAGGUUCAAGUUGGCAAUUAUUAGUCUUCGUUCUGCUGCUUGUGCUGGAAAGAUAACUUAGAGUUUGCCUCGCAUGAUGAGAGUAGCCAUGGUUGCUGAAGCAGAAGCGGU